CAUCCUGUCACUAUACUUCAAAGGUCAACAUUGUGGCGAGUAGUGUGUAACAGGACUUCUACAUUCCACUGGAGAGUCGUUAUAAGGUCCAUUGGCGAUUACCGAGUACCGACAGACCACAACUUUACUCAGGGCGAAGGUUUCUGACGCCGUUCAAUAGUUAGAAGGAUCCGUUUUGACAAGAACACGUCACGUUAGCUACAAGAUAGCUAACUGACUAAUUAAGUUGUUUUUCGGAGUUUUUAUCUCACUGGAGGGAAUGGAGAAAGCUAAACAAGAUGCAUUCGACAGUGCCAGACUUCAAGUUAUCAAAGAUGGCUAUGAGAGGGCUUUUGAGUGCAUUAAUAAAGGACUCACAGUAGAUGAAGCUGGAGACAAGGCACAGGCCCUGGAGCUCUACAAGCGAGGGCGACAGCACCUUCUCCGGGCCAUUAGUGUGCCCUCACAAGGAGAGGAGUGUGUCGGCAGCUCCUGGGAAUCAGCCAGGCAGAUGCAGCAGAAGAUGCAGGAGACGCUGAACAACAUCACCACUCGCCUGGCCAUACUAGAGACUAGCUCGGACUUUGAAUCUGCAACUACAGUAAACACUAGCAGUGUGUCUGGCCUUGAUGCUACAGAUGUGUCUGAAGAAGGUCUCUACCCAAAACUUCCCACCAAAAACAAGCCAGAGAAGCCAGCUCCACCAAUGCUACUUUCUCCUAACAGCCAGACAGCAGGAGCUGUAGGAGGGGUGUCAGCAUGCAGUAGUGAGGGUCUACCUCUCUCACCCACCAGACUGCCUGUGGUCCCAGCGGAACAGCCCCCAGCUUACUCUCCUCAGGCUGCUGACGGCCACCUAUCUGUCUCAUAUGGAACGGAUUCAGGGGAAAUGUCAUUAGUUGGGGAUGAGUUCUACAGUCGUACAUCUAACUCAUCUCUGUCACCCCAGAGUAUGGGAGAAGAAGGAGAGGAGCUGGUGUACAUCCCUCAUGGUGUACAGAUAUUCUUUGUCACUCCUGAGGGGCAGGUGAGCGCUCCGUCGUACCCAGGCUUCCUGCGGCUGGUGAAGUUUACUAGUGACCAUGAUGCGAUGCCUGACCGACCACCAGCAUUUCUGCAGGUGUGUGACUGGCUUUACCCUCUCAUGGCCAUGGACUCACCGGUGUUGCUGUGUAACACCGGUGUGUUUAUGUUUCCGGACAUGAUGGCGCCAGGUCCAGGCUAUUAUGUUGGGGUGGUGUUGUCCUCUGAGCUGCCUGCUGCAGACAGACAGCUGUUCCAGGACCUGCUGUCCCAGAUGACAGAUCUCAGGGUGCAGGCUCCAGAUGAAGCUGCAGACAUUAAUCUCAGUCAGAAGGUGUCCAUCGCUACACCCGAGGAGACUGAAACAGCUGUGAUCGAGGAGGAGAAGAAUCUGCCCGAGUGGAGUGAAAAGGUGGCCAGCGGGAUCCUGACAGGUGCGUCAUGGCUAAGCUGGGGCCUGGUGAAAGGAGCGGAGUUUACAGGCAAGGCCAUUCACAAAGGGGCAUCUAAACUCAGGGAACACAUCACCCCAGAGGACAAACCCACCCACGUCAGCCCCACCGUCACCAAAGGCCUCCACGUUGCCAAGCAAGCGACCGGGGGAGCUGUCAAAGUCAGCCAGUUUCUAGUGGACGGGGUGUGCACGGUCGCUGGCUGUGUGGGUCGAGAGUUGGCCCCCCACGUGAAAAAACACGGAGGCAAGCUGAUCCCAGAGUCCAUGAAGAAAGACAAGGAUGGGCGGUCCAACAUAGAUGGAGCCAUGGUGGUGGCUGCCAGUGGGGUGCAAGGAUUUGCAACCAUGUGGACUGGUUUGGAAGUAGCAGCAAAGGACAUCACUAAGAGUGUAGCAUCAGAGACGGUCACUACCGUAAAACACAAAUUUAGGGGUCUACAAAACAUCUUUGACUCACCUAAUGAGAAUACGUACGGGGCAGCAGCAGGACAAGCCACAGACCACGCUGUCAAUUCUGCCAUUAAUGUCGGUCUCACUGCCUUCAAUGUUGACAACCUGGGGAUCAAAGCUGUGGUGAAAAGGACUGGCAAGCAAACAGCGAAGGCCAUUUUGGAAGAUUACAAGCUUCAGGAAGCUCCAGAGAAUGGGAAGCAAGUGGAGAAAUUGGGCAAAUAGCUGGUAGUGCCCUGCCACAUUCCCUCAGUAACGCCUUAAAGCAUAAUUUGUAUUCUUCUAUCAAUUAAAUCUAUAUUUAAUAUUCAUUAUUUAUAAAAUGUGUUCUAUAUUUUCAAGGCGACUACUAUUUUAUGCAUAUCCUAUAGUUUGAUACAGCUCUAAAGCACUUUAAUAUUGAUGUAAUAAAAGGUAGAUGGACCUAAGAUUAUAUAUCACAAAUUAAAACAUUGUUAUACAGUAUAUUAGGGGUGUGCAAAAAAAUAGAUUUGUAGUUGAAUCACGAUUCAAGCUCUACCAAUUGAAAAUCGAUUCAUAGAAUUCCAAAAACUGGUUCACAAUUUAUUAAAUAGACACUGCCAUCACACGAUAGAUAGAUACAUACAUACUUACUUACAUACAUACUUACAUACAUACAUACAUACAUACAUACAUACUUUAUUUAUUGAUCCCCAAGGGGAAAUUCAAGGUCCCAAUAGCUUACUGACAUCACACACGACAUACACAUACAUCAUAACAGGAUGUUAAAAUAACAAACAAAUCCACAUGUAUGUAUGUAUGUAUGUAUGUAUGCACAUACAUACCUGGGAAAAAUAACUACAUUUACAUACAUUUUUUAAUCGAGAAUCAUUUUUGGAUUGAAAAUCAAUAUUGAAUCGAAUCGUUAGCCUAAAGAUUUGAAUCAUAUUGUGACAUUUUCUGAAUCGUACGCCCCUACAGUAUAUUGAUACGCACUGUCACAUUCAGUUAUCACAUAUUUUGGAAGAUAACAGUUGAGCUCAGCUCUUUGUACUAAGACAGCAUUGAAUUGUUGAUAUACAUACACUGGAAACUGUCCUAAUCUUUGCAAAGCAGCUGUGUGUUGAAGUUCAUCCCCGAUAGCGUGAGUGCAAUUUAUUCACUAUGACUGAAUGAUUAAUAUUCUCUGUGUGUUGGUAUCUUUGGAUAUAACCGUUUCAGACAAAACAAGUGUCUGUUAUACUGUUUUUCCCCUGUUGUGUUUAAAAUGAGAAGUAAUCAUCGCUACUUACUGUGCCUGCAAACAUCAAACGAUAUACAGAAAUCUAUUGUCAAGCUGUAAAACUUCUAUAGUCCUUUGUUUUUUUUUGUUAGACCCUCAAUACAAGAGUUUAUGAAUGUGUCUGUGAAGGAGUGUUACAAAAUGUUAAUGUCUCUAAAACUGUCAAACUGAUUGUAGAUUUGUGUUCUCCUACAAUGUGCACUGCUGUCUUCUGCGUUUUAGUUCAGUUGUAUCCACAUAUUCAGUAUUUCAUAUACAAAUGUAGAUCUUAUUUUGAUGGACAAAACAUUAACAAUGUGAAUUUUGUGUGAUGCUAACUUUUAGUUUUUUUCGUGUGAUCUGGUUCGUAAUCUUUUCAAACUCCAGCUUUAAGACCUCAACCGGUAAAUGUAACUACAUGUGGCUUUAAAGUA